CUUCAGGCUUUCGCUUAAAGUGGUUGCCCCGUUCCAUUCGCUUAAUCCAAUAAAUAUAAUGUAAAAAUAUUAAAUAUUAAAUUUGGUUAAUGUAAUACGAGUAAAAGUGUUUAAUAUUAAAUUGUGCUUUUAAAAAUUUUCCCAAUAAAUUCAUUGUGCUAGCUCCACAAAAUAUAAAAAUGUCUUUAAAAGUAUGCAACUUUAAACAUAACAAAACACAUUUCUUUUGUAAUAGCUUGAAAAGUGAUAUAUUUUUGACCGCGUCUGUGUGCAUAAACAUAUGACUGUACUUAUAAUUACAUUUUUUAUGCUUAGCGAACCAAAUCCAGACAUUAGUUCUUUCAAGCACUCACUGUUAGAGGUUGGUUAUUGAAGUAUUUGAUCUUGAAACUUACUACAACUUAACAAAAAAUAAAAUAAUAAAAAUAAAACAACCACAUCUAGUUCAAUAAAAAAUCUAAAAACCCAAAUAUAUAAAUAAGAGAAAUAUAUUAAUAACUUGAAGAUAAAGACAGAAUGAAUUCGCAAUUAACCUGUGAGAGGCCUGCCACGCCCCCGCCCUCGUAUUCGGAGGCGAUGGGCUGGGUUCCACCUGGAUCGGAAUUGGGAAGUACCACGGUUCUUACCACGCGGGAUUCCCCAGGUCCCAACUCGGUACUCACGAUCUGUCCCAAAUGCCUCGACGAGAUUGAGACUACCACAACAACCCGUCGCGGAAGUAUUGCCUACGUGGCCUCCUUCGUAGUUAUGUUUACCACCUGUGGACUGGGAUGCUGGCUGCUUCCAUGGAUCAUUAAUGGCUUUAAUGAAGUCCAUCACUCCUGUCCGAACUGCAAAGCGUCCCUGGGAAUCGUUCGUCUAUGAAAUCAGAACUGGAUAAAAAAAUAAAAUUUAAAAAAUUAAAAUUUUCCUGCAAGGCUAACAAAUAGGCUAGCUUCAAUUCAAAUCGGAUGAACUGCAAUUAUUACUUAGUUUUAUAGUUAAAAAAAUUAUAAGCCAAUAAAAAGUAUUUAUAACAAAAA